AUGCGAUCCCAGUCCAGCGGACAAGGCGUCCUGAUAACCAAGCAUAAGCAACAGCAGCUCACCAACGACGGCGACGUGCAUGGCGUCGCCCACACGCUCCACGGCGUCCCCGAGCACGGGCUCAGCGCUGUGGCAGUUGAUCCAUGUCUCGAGAGUGCUUCUGGCGUCCCCCACGUCGAUGGAGCGCUCGACACGGGGCCCAACAGCGUCGGCGCGACAAUGGCCUUGAUGGCGUCGGGCGAGCCAUCGCCGUAUAGCACAAACAACCUCUUGAUACAACCUUACAAUAACUCUAACUAUUUGCGAAACGCUUACACCUUUGUCAACGGACACUCGUCCCCCACAAGCCAACAACACCACACGUUUGGCCCUUUGAGCGACCACGAUAACGUGCAAGACGAUGAAGGAGACAAUGAACUCUCGUCAGCGACCGCUGGAGCGAAAAUGGCAAAGGACCCGCGAGCCCUGGCGCUCAUGGCCGCUGGCCAGAGUGCGGCAGCAGCUGCAGGUCCUGGUCCGCAGACCAUGCUCAUGCGCGACAGUCCAUCACCAGAGUCGGACGGUGGUGGUCCCGACGGGAGUGGUCAGUACCGGUCCAUGCGUCUCCCCCCGAUCCUCCAAGUAGAAAAGCAGCAUGUUACGACCACGGCCACUCAGGCCGCUAGCGCGACGAGGAGGAAGAACGAAGCAGUGUUCAAAUGCCCCGUUCCAGGAUGUGGGAGCACGUUUACCCGAAGGUUCAAUCUCCGAGGCCACUUGCGAUCUCAUACAGAAGAACGUCCGUUUGUCUGUGACUGGCCCGGUUGCGGCAAGGGCUUUGCCCGCUCGCACGACUGCAAGCGCCACUCUGCGCUCCAUACGGCCAAACAAGGAACCCAUGUGUGUCCUGGAUGCAACAAGACGUUUUCGAGAACAGAUGCGCUCAACAGACAUAUGAAAUCUGAAGUAGGCUCGUCUUGUCGGGCUGCAGUUGCCUCUCAACGCACAGAAUCGACUCCACCAGUCAAUGGCGACGCGGUCAUGCCUUCACCGGGAGCGAUGGAUGUGAGCCAAUCACUACGAACGGUCUCUUCGUUUGCGGCAUGA